AUGGACGGAGACAUGUCAGAGACUUGCAUUCAACUAUCUUUCGACAACCCACCCAUCGAGAAGUGGAUUAACCUUCAGUUCACAUGGGCCGGCAAAUCCUUCAACGUUAAUGUUGCAGAGUCAGACAGAGUGUUUGACCUCAAAACAACACUAUACAGUCUGACGAGAGUGCCCAAUGAACGUCAGAAGAUUCUUGGCUUAGUGAAAGGAAAAAUCCCUCCUGAUCAGGUUCUAAUCUCUGAACUCAGCAUUGCCCCCGGAAAGAAAUUUACACUAAUCGGAACACCCGAAGGAGAUGAGAUCAAGGAUCCAUCCAAACUGGGGACCUUACCGGAUGUCAUCAACGAUCUCGACGUCGAUUUCACGGACAAUAUGGCGGCUAGCAAUCGCUAUCAACACGACGCAAGAAACAUCCGGAAGGUCCGCGAAGCAACCCAGAAUCUCCAAGUCAACCUCAUACAUCCCCUUCGAGAGGGGAAAAGACUUCUUGUACUGGAUAUCGAUUACACCAUUCUGGACACCAAACCCCUCACUUCUGGCAGUCUUCCACCCUCAGAAUGUGCCCGACCAGGUCUUCAUGAGUUUCUUGAGGCAAUCUACCCCUACUAUGAUAUCUGUAUAUGGUCACAGACAAGCUGGAUUUGGCUAGAAACAAAAUUGGUCGAACUGGGGAUGGUUGGAGGUCAUCGGGGCUAUCAGAUCUCGUUCGUUCUCGACAAAACGUGCAUGUUUACCGUUUUCACAGAGAGAGACAACAAGCCGUGGACGCAUUCAGUGAAGGCUCUACAGAUUAUCUGGAAUCACUUCCCUCAAUUCAAUGCAACAAAUACCAUUCACGUGGAUGAUUUAAGUCGCAACUUUGCUCUCAAUCCUAAAGAGGGUCUCAAGAUUUCUGCGUUCAAGGAUGCCCAUACCCCAGAGGCAAUGGCGGACAGAGAACUUGAGAAACUCGCUCGGUACCUGGUGCAUAUCGCGAAUGCUCCGGAUUUCACAACGUUGGCCCAUAAGAAUUGGAAGAGUGUUGUAAAGCAUCUGCCCCGGCCAUAG